AUGCUUCAUGAGCUUCAAUCAAAUGGCAGCACCUACUGGCAACAAAUUUUCGAUUGGGCUUUAACUUCUGCACAAAGUAAUGAAGAGAACCAAAAUUUAUUCAAACGACAGAUUGAGACUCGACUUUCCGAUGAAGACGAAGCUCAAGUACAAAAGGAUAUACCGCGAACAAUCAAGUGGCUCGCUGGAUCUGCAGGUGCUCCGAAGCUUAAUGAUACUGAACGUGCACUUCGUUUAGAACAUUUAAAGCAAGUAUUGCAUGCUUUUUUAUCGACGUACGAACGGAUGAGGCACCUGUGUCACCUUCGUCUGCAGGAUCUGCACCAUCUCGUAGUUUUUAUAUGCAAGGGAUGA